AUGCUCGGCCGGCUAGAGAUGGACCCCGAUCGGCUGGCAUCGCAGCACGAGCUCGCUGGUGCGUACGAUGACAAUGGGCAAACAAAAGAGGCUGUGGCGCUGCUAGAGCACGUCGACAAGGUCCAGGAGACUACGCUGGCGGCCACGCAUCCAUUUCGUCUGCUGUCAGAACGUGGAUUGGCGCACAUGCAGAUUAGACUAUGA